CGCCCCGCGCGCCACAGCCCUGGGCGGGAGGGAGGGAGGCUCGCCUUACGCCCCGGGAGAAGUGUUGCGAAAGUCGGCUUGGGGUUGCCAGCGCCGACGUCUCCGCGUGGGGCGCACGGUCCGAGCCGUCCCUCCCGGCGUCCAGCGCCCCACCCCGCCUCACCUGGUGAAAGCCUCCAGGACUCGCCGGGCCCGAGUGGGCGGUCCUAAGCCUUGAGCUGGGCGGUUUCCGGGAGGCGGAGCUCAGACCCCCGUUUCCUUUCUCCACUACACGGUAGCUCUCCGGUUGCUGCGGCGGCGAGGCCCACCUGUUCUGAAGAUAUCUGUGCUGGCCCUGACGAGCCUCCUGCCCCGGCCCGGCCCUGCGGGUCUGCCGCGGCGGCAGCAUGCGUGGCGCCCGGGGCGCGGGCUGGGUGGCGGCGGGCCUGCUCGUCAGCGCGGGCGCGUGCUACUGCAUUUACAGGCUGACGCGCGGUCGGCGGCGGGGCGGUCGCGGGCUCGGUCUGCGCCCCUCGCAGUCCGCAGAAGACUUAACUGAUGGUUCAUAUGACGAUGUUCUGAAUGCUAAACAACUUCAGAAACUCCUUUACCUGCUUGAGUCAACUGAGGAUCCUAUAAUUAUUGAAAAAGCUUUGAUUACUUUGGGUAACAAUGCAGCCUUUUCAGUUAACCAAGCUAUUAUUCGUGAAUUGGGUGGUAUUCCAAUUGUUGGAAACAAAAUCAACCAUUCCAACCUGAGUAUUAAAGAGAAAGCUUUAAAUGCACUUAACAACCUGAGUGUGAAUGUUGAAAAUCAAAUCAAGAUAAAGAUAUACAUCAACCAAGUCUGUGAGGAUGUCUUCUCUGAUCCUUUGAACUCUGCUGUGCAGCUGGCCGGACUGAGAUUGUUGACAAACAUGACUGUUACCAAUGACCACCAGCACAUGCUUCACAGUUAUAUUACAGACCUGUUCCGGGUGUUACUUACUGGAAAUGGAAACACGAAGGUGCAAGUUUUGAAACUGCUUUUGAAUUUGUCUGAAAAUCCAGCCAUGACAGAAGGACUUCUUCGUGCCCAAGUGGAUGCGUCAUUCCUUUCCCUUUAUGACAGCCACGUAGCAAAGGAGAUUCUUCUUCGAGUACUUACACUAUUUCAGAAUAUAAAUAACUGCCUCAAAAUAGAAGGUCAUUUAGCUGUGCAGCCUACUUUCACUGAAGGUUCAUUGUUUUUCCUGUUAUAUGGAGAAGAAUGUGCCCAGAAACUAAGAGCUUUAGUUCAUCACGAUGAUGCAGAGGUGAAGGAAAAGGUUGUAACAAUAAUGCCCAAAAUCAAUUGGUCAUAUUUUUCCAAAGAGUAAUACAGUCUGGAUAUAAACGUAUUUUCUAUCUUCCUUAUAAGGAGAUUGUUCCAGCUGCUGAAUUUAAACAGUAAAUAUCACAUUUCAUCAUUAACACAACUAUAACUUGCCAUAGUGUUCAGAUUUAUCUUGGAUUAUUUUGAUACCAAGUGAGUAUAAGAGCUUGUACUGAAACCAUUUCUUUUUAUUUUGCUAUUUGCAAAUACUUGUUAUUUUCCCUAUGUGAAGUGGCAGUAACCUUUUUCACAAAGCUACCGUACUUUUUGAAGUGAUUUGCAGUUACUCAUCUGAGACAGCAUUAGUAUGUGACUAAAUCGCUGUUUCAGAACUG